AUGGGCAGCGUUUGGGCCAGAGUUGCAGCUUCAGUUCAUGCUGCAACUGCACGCUAUGAUGCAGUCCAUGAUGGAGUCGAUGAUGAGGAAUUUCUUCGGCCAGUGCGGUUCAAAGGGCUUUUGUGGGUCUGGGGUGGGCCCACAGUUUGCUUCCGCAGUGGCCAAAGACACCGAGCAGCGGAGAGAACGUCAUGGGCAAGGGUGCCAAGGAUGUUGCAGAUCAGGGGUACGGGCAAAGUCAAGGGCAAGUUUGCGGACAUCGGGCCCACGUUGGAGGAGGAGGCCGAAGGAGAGAGUUUCGCUGCGGUUAAGGAAAAAGCAGGCCAGAGCAAGGGAAAGAUGCAGAACCGAGUGCAGGCGCUGGUCAACCUGUCUGGGAGAUUGUUGGAUGGAUGGCUCAACUUGCCAAUCUUGGCCAUGAGGGAGCUGGAUGACAUCCAAGUGGACUUUCCGGUGGUGAAGUGGCAACUUCCAGCCAGGCUUCGGGGCACGCGGGUGACGCCCUUCGGGCCGUAUGGCGGCCUCUGCUGGGACUUCCUGCGCCGGGACCCGCAGCGGGAGCGCCAAGAAGAGACCCCCGAGCGCCUGGAACCCCUGGGAGCAGCGUCCGGUGCGGCCGACAUCGAGUAUGAGCAGUUCAUGAAAGCAAAAGAGGUGCAGAGGGCUAUGUUCCAGCAAGAGAACAAGACCAUCGUGCACCAAUGCGCGGACACAGACAUCAUCGAAGCUGCGCAGGGCUCGGUGGCGUGCAUCGACGGUAAUCAGGCAGCAGCUCACGUGGCCUAUGCCCUCAGUGACUGUGCCUUCAUCUACCCGAUCACGCCGUCGUCGCCCAUGGGCGAGAUGGUCGACGAGUGGGCUGCGCAAGGCCUGCUGAACUGCUAUGGGCAGAAGCUCAGCGUGACGGAGAUGCAAAGCGAGGCAGGCGCUGCCGGAGCUCUGCACGGAUCGCUGAAGGCAGGUGCCCUGAGCACCACCUUCACUGCCAGUCAGCCGGGCCAGGGCUUGCUUCUGAUGAUUCCGAACAUGUACAA